UUGGUAUUGACUUGCAGACAUGGUGUUGCAGUGCCCCCAAACUUGCCGCUAUUUAACACCCUUCGUUCCUCCUCCGCACUCCUCAUCUUCUCUUUCUUCCUUACCUUGCUUUAUCUUCGGCCUCUCCACUUCCAUCCAAAUUGAUCGAGGUAAUAACGCAUGAGAUAAACGAUGGAAAAGGAGGAUUUAUCGUUGAGCCUCAGCUUAAGCACUUACACCAAUCACUUCGCGCCUUCUUCUUCGUCGUCUUAUUUCCGCCAAAGAAUGCAGUGGAACCUUCUCCUCCCGUCCUCUUCAGAUCGAGGAGCAGGGGAGGCGGCGCCGGGGGAUGAGGCUGGGGAGGCCGAGCGAGGGGGCUGCUCGUCUCAGGGAAUCAGCGACGAGGACGAAGACGGCGACGGCUGCCGCAAGAAACUCCGACUAUCCAGAGACCAAUCCGCCGUCCUCGAGGACAGCUUCAAGGAGCACACGACUCUCAAUCCUAAAUUGAAGGCGGCAUUGGCGAAACAGCUCAACCUGCGGCCGAGGCAGGUAGAGGUGUGGUUCCAGAAUAGGAGAGCGAGGACGAAGUUGAAGCAGACGGAGGUAGAUUGCGAGUUCCUGAAGAAGUGCUGCGAGAACCUGACGGAGGAGAACAGGAGGCUGCACAAAGAAGUGCAGGAACUACGAGCUCUGAAGCUGUCGCCGCAGGUUUACAUGCAGAUGACGCCCCCCACCACCCUCACCAUGUGCCCUUCCUGCGACCGCCGACUCUCCAAUUCGACAGCCACCGCCGUCUCCUCGCCCGCCGAAGCACUUCCUCAGCAUCGCCGCCUGCGGGCCAACGAAUCUCUGGCGAACAGCUAGCCAGUGUAGACAGCAACGUGUGUUUGAUGAUGGAUUUGACCUUGAUCACCUUCGGACGUUUGUGCUCUUUCUGUGUUUGUGUGUGUGUCACCAGUGUUUUCUAUAUGCCGUCGUUACGUUGAGUGGCAUUUCAAUUUCAGAAUCUUUCGACGUGCUCUCGAAAGUUUAAGUGUAUCGUUUUGAAAUUACGGGAGCACCAAAUGAAGAAAUGGCGAAUAAGAUUUUAAGAUAA